AUGGCUCACAAAAGCAAUCCUUCUCUGCAGGUGACGGCGGACCACCAGAUCAAGAUGGCAGAAGCACCGAUUGAGAAGCCAGGACACGGAGAGGUGUUGUUGCAUAUCAAGUGCACUGGUAUUUGUGGAUCGGAUAUCCAUUUCUGGAAGACUGGACGCAUUGGCCCACUGAUUGUGGAAAGCGAUUGUGUCUUGGGACAUGAGGCCGCUGGUAUCGUGCUCAAGGUCGGAGAGGGAGUUACAGAUCUUGUGGUUGGCGAUAGAGUCGCAGUCGAACCCGGUGUCCCUUGCGAGAAAUGCUGGCUCUGUAGAGAAGGCCGCUACAACUUAUGUGAAGAUGUACACUUCAGCGGUGUGUGGCCAUAUCACGGUACUCUCCAGCGAUACAAGGUCCAUCCCGCAAAGUGGCUGCACAAGAUCCCAGACAACGUCACCUAUUCCGAAGGCGCCCUCCUCGAACCUCUCUCGGUCGUCCUCCACGGCAUCCGUCGCGCAGGACUUGCUUUAGGUCGUGGUGCUGUGAUCUGCGGCGCUGGGCCCAUCGGUCUGAUUGCCCUCCUCUCUUCCCGUGCCUCUGGAGCUCACCCUUUGGUCAUCACCGAUCUCGAGCCCAAGCGCCUUGCCUUUGCCAAAAAGCUGGUCCCCGAGUGUGAGACUUACCAAGUGCAACGCGACUCGAGUAACGAGGAUAAUGCCAAGGAGAUCAGAAAGUUGUUUGGCGAGUCCGAGUACGGGUGUCCGGAGACUGUGCUCGAGUGUACAGGUGUGGAGAGCAGUAUCAUCACUGGAGCGUUUGCGGUCAGGAGAGGAGGCACCUUGAUGGUGAUAGGUGUGGGAAGGCCAGUGAUCAACAACAUCCCGUUCAUGCACAUGAGUUUGGGUGAGAUCAACCUCAAAUUCAUCAACAGAUAUACCGAUACCUGGCCCGCAGGCAUUGCAGCUGUCAAGGGAAAGCUCAUGGAUCUAAAGCCAUUGGUGUCGCAUGUGUUUGCGCUAGAAAAAGCAGUGGAUGCCAUGCACAUCUGUGCUGAUCUGAGCCAAGGCAGUAUCAAGGUGCAGAUUGUCGACGAGGUCGACAUCAAUCCCAAUGAUGUCGAGUGA